GAGCUGCAUGUUCUAACAGCAAAACUGCCCCGGGCAAGCUAGGAUUCAUUUAGUUAACAUCUACAAAGGGGUGCAACACUUUGGGAAUAAGGCUUUGGCUGUCAGAUCACAUACUAUUGGAUUGUUAUCAAUUAAAAAACAAGGUGUAACGUUUUUGGAAAAAGUACUUUGGACCUUACGAUGUAUCACCGCUGGUACUCUGCAGAGAUUAUGCUGAGGCUUUUUCUGCUGUUUAUUGGAGCAGCAUUAAUAAAGUGUAAGAUGACUAACGAUUGUCCGGGUAAAAUACUGAAGCAGCAUCUAGACAGUCUGAAUUUACUGAAAGAAAUGCAGUUGAAAGAAGCACAAAUAACAUAUGUGUUCCCAAAGAAGCACUUGAAAGAUAAUUAUCCAGGAUGUUAUGUUAAAAUUUUCUUCAGUGUGUUAGCAGACACUCUGGAGAGAUAUUUUCCAGAAGACCCACACAAAGAAUUAAUGCCCAUGCAUGAUUAUCUUGACUCCACCUGUAUUCCUCCUUUUGCUGAUGAAGAAAAGGUACGUGACAGCUUGAAAGAAGAAUACACUGAGACAGUAGAGCAAAUGUUGAACACCAUCAUUAACGCCUUAAAUCUGACUCACUUAGUACUUAGUUCAAACCCAAACUGGACCUGUCCUGACCUUCUCACUGUCAUUGAGCAGACAACUUUAAUAUCCCCUACCCCGAAAGGUUUGGCAACAUGCAACUGCUACCGACCGACUCCUACCCUGACUGAUUAUACAAAGCCUGCUGCUGACUCUUAUACUGCUGUCUCUCCUUUGGAAAGCAUUCUCAACAUCAGUAGUAAUAAAGUAGGAAACACAGAUUUGCAACAGAGUCCACUUGCAACUGAUUUUGGGCACAGCACAUCUUUGGAAAAUGAAGCAACAACCAUCAGUAUGUACCAGCAGGCUGUCACUACAUCUGCAAUCCAAGAACCAUUGACUGUUCUUAGAGAAAAAGAACCAGAUCUUGUUAUAAUAAGCCAUGCAUCAGAUACCAUGCUGGCAAACAAAGCAUCAGUGAGCAUUGUUCCAAAUGAGAAACAUAUUGCACUUAAUUCCAAAGGACUUCCUAAUGGUAGCACAAGUGUUUCACAGGCUAUUACAUAUAAGACCAUAGGAUCAACUAGCCUUAUGUCAGACUAUGGGAAAAAUGACAUACAAACUAGCAAAACAGUACCUGCCAAACUUGUCACCAAUGUGCCAUCCAUCAUAUCUGCCCCUGGGACAUUAACCACCAGUGCACAGGUCAGUGGGCCAUUGGACAUGCAAGCAAACAAAGAACUAGUUAGCACAUUUCCAACCACAAGGUUAGCCAGUCUUCUAACAAGUGGUCAUUCUGUCCACUUCAGUCAGGACCACAUGUCAGCCACCAUGCCUGCAUACAAUGCAUUAUCUGUUGUUAACCCAAGUAAAUUGCCACCUGCUGAUCAGGAAGAUAAAAGAACAAGUAGUAUUAGUCCUACUGAUGCUCCAGUAACAAGUAGUAUUAGUCGUACUGAUGCUCCAGCUGACAAUGGAAGGAGUGAACAACUUAAGACCCAUCCUGUAUCACCUCGGAAAGAUACUGAUUAUUCAUCACACCAGGCAGUCACCACAGUAACACAACAACUGUCACUAAAUACCCAUAAGACUGCUUUACAAAGGCUGACUGCCAGCAUCAAACAUUUAUCUACCAAUAGUUCACCAUACAGACCAGCUUCCAUGCAUGCAGUCAAGCAAACAAAAACAAGGUCAAAUAAUAUUCUUCAAUCACACAAUCCAGCCUUCAUUCUCACAAACAUGCCCAGGGUCUCUACCCAUGAAACCCAUGUAUCUUCCCCAAUGGCCACAACUAAGAUUUUAAGCCAAGGGUCAUAUCACAUAGCAAACACCAAAGUAUUUCACAUGUCACCAGCUGUAAAGCCAACACACAAGUAUCCUGCUCAGAUAACCACAUCACCCAACAUGCUAACCAAAGGUUUUCUGCCAAGUUCUACUGUAAUUUCUGAAGAGACAAACAGCAUAGAAACCUUAGCAUAUUCACAAGUUCCUAGUUCUAGUAUUAAUACUGGAACCAUGGCAGCUAAACUUCCUGUAGAAAUGUCAGAUGGAAAAGGCAGUGUGACACCUAUGCAGUUAGAGCAGAGCAACAGUUCACUGAAAGACGAAGUGUCUAAAAUGCCCGUUGGAGACGUCUCCCCCAAGAAUUUGCCAAGGGGAGGUAGAACAAGUACUAAAGAGGUGGACCAUUCUACUCAGAAUCAUUUAAGUAUACCAGCUGCAAGACUUUCAUUUUCUACAACAACUUUAAAGCAAGAAGUAGCCACUCAGAGCAGACACAAUGACAUGCUAACAAUGAGGGCCUUUAAAGAACAGACUGAGGGUGUUAAUCCAAUACGUACAUUAACUUAUGGCAGUGUUGAUGAUUUCUUGGCUAGUACAGUAAACAAUGUGUAUGAAGGCAAUAAUUCUCCACACAUCUCAAAUCAUUUUCCAGGUGAAAAUCAACAAUCUCACAAAACUACAGAGAUGAAUCGCUCCAUUUACAUUGGAAUAAUUGGUGUACUUCUUAUUGCCAUCAUGGGCCUCACAGUCAGUAAUAUGAAUAUGAGAAAGAAACGAUACAUACGGGAACCUGUGACUGAUGAAAGAAAUCCAGAAGAAAUUGCACUGAGAAUAAAUGAGGAAACGUAAGGCAGGUCUUUUGAAACCACAUAUCUUUGAAGGUUCGUUUGGCCGCUGUAUAAAUUCUUUAUUUGCACUAACAGUGUUGUUGGAUUUGACAUCCUAACAUCAUGCUCAGCUGUCCAUACUCCUGGAAGAUGUGAACGAAACCAACAGAGUGGACAUUUUAACUGGCAUCUAGUAUCUGGCUACUGCUGACAAGAAAGGAACUGAAUAUGUAAGCUAUGCCAAAGUAGUGGUUGCCAAUAUAGAUCUGAACUUCCAGCAAAUAAAGCCUGAAAAGGAAAACCUUGUGUACAGAAGGGCAUGGUACUGUCAGUCGAUUGUUAUGGUACUGGUACCACAGCUGUGACACUGCCCAACCUUGCCACCGAUUGAUAGAAGAAAUAUGUGCAACCAGAUAGGCUAUAAGCCCCUCCAGAAGGAACUGUGCUUUUAUGUGAAGGCUUUUGUACUGUAAUUUUUGCUAGACUACAUGUUCAAAGGAGAAGAAAAGCUCUUGUUGACUUAACUUCAGCAGAGUUGGUAGUCCAGAGUGUCUACAUACACCUUUGCAUAAUUAGAUUAUUUCUAUAUGCAUUUAUGUAGGCUGAGAGAUUUUCCCUCUGAGAAGGUAAAUCAUUAAUAGCACAGGCUUACUUCACUUGGCUACUUGCCAGAUCUUCAUUGUGUGAUCAGAUCAAUGUGCUUUGCCACCAAAGCAUGAUGGAACAUGCUUGGAGAAAAACAUUUCAGGCAAUGUAAAAAGAAUCUCUGCGUUAAGAAUGGUUAUCUUUGUUACAAAAUACUAUGAGGGCAUAAUUUGUUAACAUUUACAUGUCUUUUAUGACAAACAGGUUUAAGGAUAUACAAGCAGGUUUUUAUGCAUUCUGGAUGGGCAGCUGUUUCAGAGGAGCAAGUGUGCCUUGUAGAUUUUUGCAUUUUGUAACAUGUGUGAGUACAUUCGGAGGUCAGGUAUUUCUUGUUGAGGUGUGGGUAUGUUUUGCCAGAUAAGUGACUGUGUGUAAUGAAAGUCUGGGAGUUGCAAUGCGUAUAAUACUUUGUUAGAGAGUAGCACUAGAUUCUUAUUUCAGUAGCAUUGCAGACUUGUGGCCUCAAAAAAGGAUCCCUCAGGGUUAAACCAGGGUAGCUGGGACCCUCUAAUAAUUUCUGUCACUGCUGCCAGCGUAAGAAAACUAUCGUUUGUGCAGAUAUCUAACUGCUUUUCUUUCUAUGUAUUCAGCUACCCCGUUUUCAUUUUUGUAUAUGCUUAAACUUCUAUUUUUGUAGUUUUACUUUUGUGUUUUACAAGAGAACAUAUAAACUUGGGUAAAGUUCUGAGGAACACUCUCUCUACAUGAAAGUCAUGUAUAUCUUUUGAUGCCCCCUUCCAUAGCAAUACCUAACUUUCUAGUUCACAAAUAUACUUUAUAGGAAGGGAUUCAGUGGGGGUGACCCAUUAUCCUGCUGUUACUGACCUGUAGAAACUUAGCAAGUACACUGUAUAAAUUCUGUAUUAACUGAGGCCCUCAGUUCUGACAGGCAUGGAAAGCUUCUAGUCAUGCUAAGUUAUAUGCGUGCAAUUAAUAGUCUGUAGCAGGUAACCACAAGCACAUAUGCCUACACGUGUUUAGUGUAAAAAUAUCUUAUUGAGGAAGUCAUAGAUAAUCAGGGAGGAAAUGAACAUGCUGAUAUUUCUAUACUGCUAAAAAUGUUUUGUUGUCAAGAGGACAAAACUGUAAUUUCCAGUGGAAUCUGUUUUAAACAAACACAGACAGAGACACACACACACACACACACACACACACACACACACACACACACACACACACACACACGC